AUGGAACUUCUUGUCUACGUGCUGUUACUUACUCAAGCAGUUCUAGGAAAUACUAAACUAGACAGCUGUGACGAAGAGUGUACUUGCAUAUCAGGGAUUUUGAAGACCGAAAAAUCUUGUACAAGUGUCGAGGAGGCAUUUAGAAACUUUAACAUAACUCCGGACUACGUACAAGUCGCACCAAAGGAUUUUCUAGAGGCGGACUUUGGCACGGCAACAGUGAAUUUAGGAAAUUUCAUACCUCCUCUUAGACUUGUUGACCCUAAAACUGUAAGUUACCAUAAAGGGAAAAAACAUGGAUAUUACACAUUGCUAGACAUCGACUUCGAUGGCGAAUCAAAUGUAAAAGUUAUCGACCUUUUGAUGAAUAUAAGGGACGUGGAGAAGGUAGUACCAACAUCUGGAGAUGUGAUUGUCUUGUUUACUCCGCCCUUACCUGCUUUAGGAAGUGGAGUCCAUCGUCAUGGAAAAUUAUUGUAUGAGCAAAAAGGACCAAUUGAUGCAAACCAACUAGAUCUUUUAAAAUUAUCGAGAUAUCCAGUAAUACCUAACCUAACAAAGUUCACGAAGACCUAUCACCUUGGAAACCCCGUCGCUGGUAACUUGUAUACAACGGAGUUGAGACGCUGUGACAGUUCUGAUAAAUGUUUGGACAAGGACGACAGUGUAAAACAAUGUGAAAGAUUAUGUAAAAUUCUGUCAAACUGCAAUAAUGAUCAAAUAGAUCAAAUGCAAUGUGAUGCAGUUGAUAAAUAA